AUGAACGCUCUUGUUGCAACCAACCGUAACUUUCGUUGCGCAUCUCGAAUUCUCGGUUUGGAUUCCAAGCUUGAGAAGAGUCUUCUUAUUCCUUACAGAGAAAUCAAGGUCGAAUGCACCAUUCCGAAAGAUGACGGAAGUUUGGUUUCGUAUAUUGGUUUUAGGAUCCAGCAUGAUAAUGCUCGUGGUCCUAUGAAGGGUGGGAUUCGGUAUCAUCCUGAGGUUGACCCGGACGAAGUGAAUGCUCUAGCUCAGUUAAUGACAUGGAAGACAGCUGUUGCAGACAUACCCUAUGGCGGAGCAAAGGGUGGCAUCGGCUGUAACCCGAAGGAUCUGAGCAUCAGUGAAUUGGAACGUCUCACUCGUGUUUUCACUCAAAAAAUUCAUGAUCUCAUUGGCAUUCAUAGAGAUGUUCCUGCCCCUGAUAUGGGGACUAAUGCUCAGACAAUGGCUUGGAUGCUUGAUGAGUAUUCUAAGUUUCAUGGUCAUUCACCAGCAGUGGUGACUGGCAAGCCUAUUGAUCUUGGAGGUUCAUUGGGAAGAGAGGCUGCCACUGGACUAGGAGUGGUUUUCGGAACCGAGGCUUUAUUUGCUGAAUAUGGGAAAUCAAUUUCUGAUAUGACAUUUGCCAUCCAGGGGUUUGGAAAUGUCGGAACUUGGGCUGCGAAGUCAAUUUUCGAGAGAGGCGGUAAGGUGGUAGCAGUGAGUGACAUCAGUGGUGCUAUUAGUAAUCCAAAUGGGAUUGAUAUUGCCGCUCUUCUGAAACACAAGGCAGCCAAUGCCAAUUUGAUAGAUUUCUCGGGAGCAGAUGCCAUGGAUCCAAAGGACUUGCUCACCCAUGAAUGUGAUGUUCUCAUCCCAUGUGCUUUGGGAGGUGUUCUCAACAAGGACAAUGCUGAUGAUGUAAGAGCAAAGUUUAUCAUAGAAGCUGCAAAUCAUCCAACUGACCCUGACGCCGAUGAGAUACUGUCUAAGAAAGGAGUUAUUAUAUUACCUGACAUUUAUGCGAAUGCUGGUGGAGUGACCGUAAGCUAUUUUGAAUGGGUCCAGAAUAUUCAAGGAUUUAUGUGGGAUGAAGAUAAAGUUAACCUGGAGCUAAAAAGGUAUAUGACUAGAGCUUUCAAGAACAUUAAAGGAAUGUGUAAAACUCACAACUGCGACUUGCGAAUGGGAGCAUUCACUCUUGGACUCAACCGUGUCGCUCGCGCUACACUUUUGAGAGGUUGGGAAGCUUAG